AGCAUUCCCAUUUUCCUCUUACCUUUGAUAAUUAAUGAUCUUCGUUCCCUUUUCACCCUUGAGUUUGUUUUUAUCCUUCGCAUUGUCGAUGUUUUGAGCAGUAUCUUAUAGACUCAGCAAUGCUAUAGUUCCAUUUCGUUGUUGUAUCCAAGUCGUGAAGAUUUCGUCUCUUCCCUGAAGAUUCAAUAUUUAUAUAUUGCUAGUAUAAUUCGUGAGGAAUCUGCAUUAUACAACAUGAGUGCUUCCAAUGAGCAACAGCAUGUUUCUGCGGAGGGGUCCGCUGGGGAGGAGGCUCCGAAAGUGGAGAGGAAAGUCGUGGCGCCGGACAGAAAGACCUUGCGAAUGUUGGAGAGCGGCGCAACGCUGAACACGGUCUCCAGUGCUGCAAUUGGGAAAACCGUGGAAGUGAAGAAAAGUGACAAGAAGGAAGUGGAAUACCGGAAAAUCCGAAAUUAUUUGAACAUUGCAACAAAUCACGAGCGAAAGAAAAAUGCGAAACGCCUCAAGCUGUUGGAGCACCAGGAGAGCAAAGGUGGCCUGCACACGACCAUGUCUGUUUUGGGCGACAUGAAGAAGUCUAAGAAAUUAACGGCGCAGGGAACCAACAUGCUCUCGCGGGUUGCGAGACUCGGCGGAGCAGGCCCGGAGAGUCCAGAGGCAGACGGAGGCGCGGGACAAGACGCUGACGGAAAAACCGUGGAUGGUCCGGACCCGCAAUGCGAUCCGGCGACCUACGACGAUACCGAACGCCAGGAGUUGCUAGCCGCGACGCAGGCAGCUUUUGACCAGGACGAAAUCCUAAAGCGUCUCCAGGCAGGUCAGAACAAGCUGCAAGACGAGUACGUGGUCGUCACGGCACAGGCAGUAGUGGACCACGCCUGUGCGCCCCUUCUGCGCAAGCCACGCAACAUGGAUCAGUAUCUGGAAGGAGCCACCGCGCUGAUUGAGGAGAUUCGCCAUGCCCAAUUGCCCCGGCUGCCGCAACCCAAACUUCCAGCCAUCAAAAUCAACGGCCGUUCUGCGAGAAGGAGCGAGCUUGAGCAAGCUCAGAACAAGGGUUUUGUGAACAACGGUCCUUUCAGUGGGCCGCCGUAUUCGCCGAGCCCGGGUGUCUCGCUGGUUUCGUUGAACAUUCCGUCGUUGGGCCGCGUGAGCAAGUCGCACGCGAUGGCGGCUGCGUGCUCUCCAAUCGGCAACACGGUCCGCUCGGCGGAAGCGCAUGGCCAGCACGUUCGCUUCGACCUGGAGCCUCAUAGGUUUCGGCUCGACGUGGAGAUUGGAUACUUCACGAAGAUGGCGCCUCCUUUGCACCGCUCACGAAGUCACGGCCGCAUGGUGUUCGCAGCGUUCGACCCGUCCAAGAAUAUUCAGUGCGUGCUGAAGACCGAGCCAGCGGGCCUGCGCCGCGAGGAUUCCGCGCUGCGCCGCGAGGCGCAGAUUCUGGCCAAGUUGCAGGAGGACGAGGACCAACCGGGCAUCCCGUAUGUGUUCGCCAUGGGGAUCAGUAUGAGUUGCAAGAAGUACAUGAUUGUUAUGGAGCAGCUGGGACCGAAUAUCGAACACUUGUUCUACUAUGAGAUUGACGGGAAAAAGCCAAGCGGUUACUUCGACUUCAAGACCGUGCUCUUGAUAGCCGUGCAGGCUUUGCGGGCCAUCGCCUAUGUUCACAAGUGCGGCUUCAUCCACCGAAGCAUCAAACCUUCAAAUUUCGCAGUCGGCCAAGUGAACAACCAGUAUAAUCGUAAGAUUAUCUACCUACUGGACUACGGCUGGGCGAAGGACCUCUCCUUCAUUCAGGCACAGCAGAAAAUUACCGACAUCAGUGAGGACAUCAAGAUGGAUGCGGUAUUAUCUCUUUCAGGCUAAUGAAAAUAUAUAACAUAAACGUGGCGGAGUAGCCUAAUGAAGCAACAGGAAUAGUGUGAAUAUCUUCUCAUUCAACUUUUGAAUUUGUUUUCAGAAUUUGUUAGCCGCUACACCAUCCUUUUUCAUCUUUCUGUUUUGAUUUUCGUAACUGUCUGAAAAUAGCAGCAGCUGUUUCAAAAAUGAAAUUAAUACAGCUCGACCAGAGACGCAGCGUCGGGAGCGCCGCUGCUUCAGCUGCAGGAGGGGUUGUUGAGGAUGUGCAUCCGAGUUCGAAGCCCUCAUCGGACACUGGGGAUCAUACUGGCCAUGGGACCCGAAGCAACACCACUGGCGACAGCAGCACUGAAGUCGGGGACGCCGAGAGCUCGGUGGAAGCCGUCGAGGUGCAGGAUUUAGCAGACUGGCGGCAGUACCGUGAAACCGAGAAACGGACGAAAAACAGCUUUCACGCGGACGAUGACUUGGUUGCGGUGACUAAGCACUUGCCCCACGACAACCAAGUAUUGUUCUCGUCUCCGCAGUGCCAUCGCAACAUGCUCCACGCCACUUGGCGGGACGACUACAUGUCUCUCGGCUACAUGUUAACCUGGCUAUUGCGUGGAGGAAACCUGCCUUGGUCCGACCUGAUCUCAGUGGAGAACCUAUUUCCGAAGCCAGAACGGUCCGUGAAACGCCGGACGCGGCGUGAGAAAAGCAUCUACAGGCGUCCUGAAGACCCAAGACUCAGUCGAGUCGUUACUCCGGAGGGACAAGAGACACCCGAUGACACAGAUGGUACUAGUAGUUUAUUUUACAGAGGAGCCAGGAACUACAGGAUCUCAAUCACAUAUGCAGCGUCUUUCUGAAUUUUUCAUUAAGUAGAAUAUCGACUUGAUCAGAAACCAUUUGAAAGAACUGUUAAGUUACGCUAUUGGUUGUUGAAUCUUCAUAUCGUUUUCGGUCAUGACGUAACUUGUUACAACAAAAACAAUUACUACAGACGCAAGCGUGUUGGGCUUAUUGGACGAUUCAGUCGCGCGCAACCUUGGUGACCCGCGCAUCUCCGAUAGCGGUUCGUACAUUACACCGUCAGAUGCUUUGUUCUAUUCGGACAGCCCCCAGCAGCAUCCGCAUUCUGGAGGCGCACCCGUAAUGGACUGGCAAAACGCUGACGCUCUUUCGCAGCAUCAAGCACCGGCGGGGCUGGCCGCGCCCGGCGCUGAGGACCUGAGCAUUAUUGCGUUGCAGCGCAACGCGACGGUUACAAUUCAUGGUCGCCAAGUGGACUUGGACCCUGCAUAUAACGUGGCGAAAACUAACUACGUGAGCAACAUAAGCCAGAUGCUCAGUGGGCCCUUGGGCACCAGCGUCGUGGCGAUCACCAACGCCAUUUGCCGCGAAAAGAACGCGCACCACGUGGAGGAGAUGGCGCCGGCCUACAGUGUGGACGAGUUGCCGCUGGUUUUGCCCAAGAACCUCCGACACGCCACUGCGGUCGUCCCGGCCGCAAGCUACACAGAUUUGGUCACGCCAGCCGAUGAGCCGCUCAGAACUGAUUUAGACGAGGACUUCCUCUUCGAUCGCAAGCAGCAGUACACGUUAACCUUGUUGACCAGAAAGCGCGUCUUGGACCAACUCGAAAAGGCUAAAAGGGAGAUUCCCGCCACCACGGUUGUCGCCGGCGUCCCGUCCCGCCAUUUCCGGACGAACUUAGUGGAAUUCAUGAACUACGCCUAUGAGGGCCGCGGUGUGGCACGACUCUUUCGAAUGGGCGCCGGGGACGAGGAGGACGCGGACGGUGUAGAAAAGCCGAGGCUCGCGACUUGGAAGCAGGAACUAGCGAUCAUAAACCUACCAACCAACGGAAACACAUACCACGCGGAAAAACACGUACAACCUACAACAAGGACACUACUUAUAUAUUCAUCAUAGCAUUAACAUUAUGUUCAACAUCUUCAGACGAAUUAGAAGAACCAACUCAGAGAAGAUUCAGGGAAGUUGAGGCCAUUCUCGAAACGACUAGCAUUGUUGUCAAUAUUGCAAAUUCUCUUUCAGAAUCAGAUGACUCUCACUUAUUUGUCAAUGUUUGACUUCUUUUGAUUUAUCUAAGUACAGCUUGUUACCACAAGAAACAUUAUAGCAUAUCUAUUAACUACCAUAUCAACCAUUCAUAUCAACCUUACUACUCUACUUCCAGGCUUUCGACGUGAAUGUCCGGGUGAAGCACGAUAUUGAUCGGCUAGAGAAAUACUUUCUUGAGAUUGCGGAGAAAGAAGGCUGCAAUCUUGCUGAACCCGGCUUCUGUUGGGACGACGACUACUAUGACGAACAGGAUAAGAAACUACCAGGUACUUGUCGUUGUCUAUUUUUGAUGAGAAAUACGUAAGUUUAAGUACAUGAUCAAUGCUUCUGUUUGGCUACUUUGGGUGUCGUAUUAUAGUUGUAUUUGCUAAAGAUGUUUUUAUUCGUAAAUGGCAUUUGGUGCAACUUCAUGGGAUGUUUCUGGGUGCUGGUCAUGUAAUGCUACGUACUUCGAAAACAAAACUCGCGAAACUAGCUGGUCAUCUAUCUCUCUUAUUAAUAAAUACACUUUUCUCCCCAACUCCAGCCGCUUUGUUGAAGGAGAUGCGGCGCACUGUUGGGGCGCAGAAGUUCCCGCAGUUUGUACAGCGUGCUAGUGUGUCGCGUCACGACGAGUUGCACGAACGUACUCACCAAAUUCUGAAGUGGGAGGAUCGGAAUGAGGCUACCGAGGUAGCGGAAUUCCAGCGCUGGAGUCGACUUACAGCGAAUAACGCAAAGGCGAAAGCGGUUGUGGUCACCACCAGCUUGAGGAAAGAGGCAACUCUGCGUCGUCUACCCACCAUCGUGCCGCAAGGGCGCCGCGUCAAGGAGCACGACAUGGGAUCCUUCAAAUCCUCCUUGAAAGUACCACACGAACUGAGAGCGCCGCCACCAGAAGCAGCAGCAUUGGCCUGAAUUCAACUACGCUCCUGUCAGUUUUUUACCUAUAAUAUAUUACUUAGAUAGAACAAUUACACUUGCCUAGUACUUUUCGUCUUGAAUACACAAAUCCUGAACAACAGUUGCACUCGGUUCACUAACAUAUGAGUAAUUUUAGUAAAAUUUGACCAAACCACAACCCAAAAGAAUAGAGAGAGCAACACGAUUGUUGUACAGAUAAUUAGCGACUGCUUACUCAUGAUACUAUCGAUAUUUUUGAUAAUGAUCAAAACCACAAUUAGCGAAAAGCACCGAAUCUGAAUAACUAAUAGUUUUAUCAAUAGCGAACUAACACUGGAUAUCGUCUAAAAUGUAACUGAACACUUUUACUUCAUCUGUAUCGUGACUACUUGCAUCGGUGUGCAAAUAGAAUUCAUCUGCUGUGGUUCGCUGAACAAUGAAUGAUCGUCUAGAAAUGGAAAAUGAAUCAUUCCGAUGAAAAAAUUUACUUUAGCCUACUAUCUUGUGUAGGUUCGUCUUCGUAGUUGAGCUAAUUAGUAAUAUCGAUUUGCUUUCAACACAUCAUAAUUUCCUGCGAACACUUUCUCUGCUGACUACUUGAGAUGCAGACGCAGACGAUAAAAUGGUAGUUGCACAAGGAAUUACUA